AUGCGCGAGAUUGUUCACUUGCAGACCGGCCAGUGUGGACAGAUUGGUGCUGCUUUCUGGCAAACGAUUUCUGGCGAGCAUGGCCUCGACGGCUCUGGCGUCUACAACGGUACAUCCGACCUCCAACUCGAGCGCCUGAACGUCUACUUCAAUGAGGCUUCCGGCAACAAGUAUGUUCCCCGUGCCGUCCUCGUUGAUUUGGAGCCGGGUACCAUGGAUGCUGUCCGCGCCGGUCCCUUCGGUCAACUCUUCCGCCCCGAUAACUUCGUCUUCGGUCAAUCUGGAGCUGGAAACAACUGGGCUAAGGGACAUUACACUGAGGGUGCCGAGCUUGUCGACCAGGUCCUCGAUGUCGUUCGUCGUGAGGCCGAAGGCUGCGACUGCCUCCAGGGUUUCCAAAUUACCCACUCUCUCGGUGGUGGAACUGGUGCCGGUAUGGGCACGCUUUUGAUCUCCAAGAUCCGUGAGGAGUUCCCCGAUCGUAUGAUGGCCACCUUCUCUGUUGUCCCAUCUCCCAAGGUCUCCGACACCGUUGUCGAACCAUACAACGCUACCCUCUCCAUCCAUCAGCUGGUCGAGAACUCUGACGAAACCUUCUGUAUCGAUAACGAGGCUCUCUAUGACAUCUGCAUGAGAACCCUCAAGCUCUCCAACCCGUCUUAUGGAGAUCUCAACCAUCUGGUCUCUGCCGUCAUGUCCGGUGUCACCACCUGUCUCCGUUUCCCUGGUCAACUCAACUCCGAUCUCCGAAAGUUGGCUGUCAACAUGGUCCCAUUUCCUCGUCUCCAUUUCUUCAUGGUUGGAUUUGCUCCUCUCACUAGCCGGGGUGCUCACUCCUUCCGUGCUGUUACCGUCCCAGAGUUGACCCAACAAAUGUUUGACCCAAAGAACAUGAUGGCUGCCUCUGACUUCCGCAACGGUCGCUACUUGACCUGCUCCGCUAUCUUCCGUGGUAAGGUGUCCAUGAAGGAAGUUGAGGAUCAAAUGCGCAACGUUCAGAACAAGAACUCUUCAUACUUCGUUGAGUGGAUUCCCAACAACGUCCAGACCGCUCUCUGCUCCAUUCCACCUCGUGGUCUCAAGAUGUCCUCCACCUUCGUUGGUAACUCCACUUCGAUCCAAGAGCUGUUCAAGCGUAUCGGUGACCAGUUCACUGCCAUGUUCCGAAGAAAGGCUUUCUUGCAUUGGUACACUGGUGAGGGUAUGGAUGAGAUGGAAUUCACCGAGGCUGAGUCUAACAUGAACGAUUUGGUUUCCGAGUACCAACAAUACCAGGAUGCCUCCAUCUCCGAGGGCGAGGAGGAGUAUGAGGAAGAGGCACCUCUAGAGCAAGAGGAGUAA